AUGCACUAUAAUUGAUUCAAACACUUUUCUAAUCUUAGAAUUUCAACCCAACUUUUCUUUCUCUGCUUCCUCUUAUUAUAUAUUUUCCUCCCCUUUACCAAAUUCAAGAGAACAAGUUGAAAACUUUCGCAAAAAAAAUUCCAAAAAAAUGGGGUUUAUAGAUUUAUUAGUGGUAGCUUUAAUACCAGUUGCGAAAGUGCUAUUGGUAUCAAUUGUAGGAUUGUUUAUGGCAUUAGAGCGUAUUGAUUUAUUGGGGGAAAAUGCUCGUCAUCAUUUGAACAAGAUUGUGUUCUAUGUUUUUAGUCCUUCUCUUAUUGCAGCUAACUUGGCUAAAACCGUCACCUUUCAAAGUUUUCUUACCUUGUGGUUUAUGCCGAUAAAUAUAUUGAUUACGUUUUUAAUAGGAGCAAUAUUAGGAUGGAUGCUUGUUAAAGUUACGAAACCUCCUAAGCAUCUCAAGGGGCUCAUAAUUGGAGCUUGUUCUGCUGGGAAUAUGGGUAACUUGCCCAUCAUCCUAAUUCCUGCGAUGUGCAAAGAGAAGGGCAGUCCAUUUGGAGCUACUGAUGUUUGUGAGACUUAUGCUUUGUCCUAUGCGUCUCUUUCCAUGGCGAUAGGUGCGGUUUACUUGUGGUCAUUUGUGUACAACGUUAUUAGGAUUUCUGCUGAGGAAGUAGCAAUAGAUAAAGAUGCAAUUAAUUACUCAAGCAUCAAUAUUAAGGAGUCCAAUCAGGAACCCCUCCUUCCUUGCAGUGAAGAUUUGGUUAUACACCCUCACUCUAAAUCAUUGGUUUCAUUACCAGUCAAGAUACACCAACGUAUAAGAACUUUUUUAGAAAAGGCCAACCUCAAAGCAGUGUUUGCACCAUCAACAAUUGCAGCGAUACUUGGGUUUACAAUUGGAAUGGUAUCUCCGAUCCAAAAAUUGAUGAUUGGCAAUGAUGCUCCACUUCAUGUUGUCAAUGACUCGGCCUUCAUGCUUGGAGAAGCAGCCAUCCCAGCUCGCACCAUAAUACUAGGAGCCAACCUUCUUAAAGGUUUAAAGGGUACAAGUAUUCAACUAAGAGUUAUUCUUGGGAUAGUUGUAACUCGCUACGUAAUUCUUCCUCUGCUCGGAAUUUUGAUAGUUAAGGGUGCACUCCAAGUUGGCAUUGUUCCGUCGGACGAUAAAUUGUUCGUAUUUCUUCUUCAUAUUCAAUAUGCAAUGCCACCCGCAAUGAACAUAGGUACGAUGACACAAUUGUUUGGAUCAGGCCAAAAUGAGUGUUCGGUAAUUAUGCUAUGGGCUUAUUCUUUGGCCAUUGUGGCUCUUACACUUUGGUCUAUUUUAUUUCUUUGGAUUGUCGCAUAAUAAAAUCUACUACAAGUCUACAAUAUCAUUUUCUUUGGCGGGAUUUAAUAGUCACGUUGUAGUUUGUUUAUACAAAGACACAAGGUAUAAGACUGUUUAGUUCUCCGUAGUAACAAGUACAAAUAUGGUCACAUGGAUUAUAUAGAGAACUCCCUUCGUCUCUUAA